AUGGAUUCCAAAUUGAAUGGUUUUGGAGAAGUUAGUGAGAAGAAAAUGUUCUUUAGAGCUGAUCAAAUUGAUCUAAAAAAGCUUGAUAUUCAGCUAGAGAAGACACUUUCAAGAGUAUGGACGAUGAGCCGCACAAACACGAUAUCGCCGAAGCCGAAAGAAGAAUGGGAGAUCGAUCUUGCUAAGCUUGAUAUUCGGCAUGUUGUAGCCAAGGGGACUUAUGGUACAGUUUAUCGUGGGAAUUAUGAUGGUAAAGAUGUUGCUGUGAAAUUAUUGGAUUGGGGUGAAGAUGGUCUCACAACAGAUGCUGAAACUGCUGCUCUUAGAUCUUCUUUCAAACAAGAGGUUGCUGUAUGGCAUAAACUUGGCCAUCCAAAUAUUACAAAGUUUAUUGGAGCAUCAAUGGGUACAUCAGACCUUAAAAUCCCAGAGAAAAAUGCUCUAAAUAAUGGUGAGAAUAACACAAUUCCAGCAAGAGCAUGUUGUGUGGUUGUAGAGUAUCUUGCUGGAGGAACCUUAAAACAAUUUCUCAUCAGACACAGACAAAGAAAACUUGCUUACAAGAUUGUUAUUGAACUUGCACUUGAUCUUUCGCGAGGAUUAAGCUAUCUGCAUUCAAGAAAAAUUGUUCAUAGAGAUGUGAAAACAGAGAACAUGUUGCUGGACGUGGAUAGAAAACUAAAAAUUGCUGAUUUUGGUGUUGCUAGAGUUGAGGCUCAAAAUACUCAUGAUAUGACUGGUCAAACUGGCACCCUUGGUUAUAUGGCCCCAGAGAGUCCGCGUGAUCUACGUCAACAAAGACCGUGGGCGUUCUUUGAACCGUCUUUGAACAGUUUACGUCAGCUGGUCACAUGGUCCCAGACAGACAGGCUGAUUUUUCAGGCUGUGGGCCUGACUCUGCACUGUGUGGUGAGUGUGGUGAUCAGUGGCAGUGCAGUGAGGCUGGUUCCGGCUGCUGCUGGGAAUGACGGGCCAGUCACCGUUGUUGGGCGUUUUCGCGGGUUCUGGUGGGCGCUAAAGCCAGCUCAGGCUGUUAUCAGAUCUGGGCACAGAGGCAGCAGAGAUCAUGCCAGGGUCAGACCGUCUGUCGAUCAUGUCUGCUGCUGGGGGAUGUGGUAA